AUGACCGAUUCCAUCAACAACAACAACAAUACGCCCGGAGUAGGGGACGAUGUCCUGCGCACCCCUUCCCCGCUACCCCCGGCCCCAAUGCAAGACUACACGUUCCCCGAACACCGCCUGAAGCGCCGAAUGGACGACCCGGAGAAGACCCCAUUGCUGCUGGUCGCCUGUGGCUCCUUCUCGCCGAUCACCUACCUGCACCUGCGCAUGUUCGAGAUGGCGGCCGACUACGUCAAGUUCAGCACCGACUUCGAGAUCGUGGGCGGGUAUCUAUCGCCCGUGUCGGAUGCCUAUCGCAAGGCCGGAUUGGCGAACGCCGAGCAUCGUGUGGCGAUGUGCCAACUAGCCGUCGACCAGACCUCCGACUGGCUCAUGGUCGACACCUGGGAACCCAUGCAGAAGGAAUACCAGCCCACCGCCGUGGUUCUGGACCACUUCGACCACGAGAUCAACACCGUCCGCGAAGGGAUCGAGGCCGGAAAUGGCACGCGCAAGCCCAUCCAGAUCGCUCUGCUGGCCGGCGCAGAUCUGGUGCAUACCAUGUCCACCCCUGGGGUGUGGAGCGAGAAGGAUCUCGAUCACAUCCUCGGAAAAUACGGCACCUUCAUCGUCGAACGCAGCGGAACCGAUAUCGACGAAGCGCUCGCCGCCCUCCAGACCUGGAAGAAGAACAUCCAUGUCAUCCAGCAACUCAUCCAAAAUGACGUCAGCAGCACCAAGAUUCGCCUCUUCCUGCGCCGUGACAUGAGCGUCCGCUACCUGAUCCCCGUCCCCGUCAUUCAUUAUAUCGAACAGCACAAUCUUUACAAAGAUGAUGGGACCGCCGACAAGGGGAAGGGCCGGCAGGAGCCGGGUUCGUCGGGUUGA